GUGACUCGGCCACCGAACCAGAGCUGCAGGGCCCAAACCGGGCUAAGUUCGUUGCCGGUCGCCUCUGCGGGUGCAACCACAAAGGCUAAUCCGAAGGAGUGGGGAGGCUCGCGAAGUCGAUGCUUCCUCUUCCAAUUCAGGUCGGCUCCCGUUACCUUCUCACCAUUCGCCUUUGCUAUCUUCCUGAGCGUUUGCAUGAGCUCUUUCGUCUGGGGAGGCUUCGGUGACCAUGUAGGGGGGAAAAGUGAGGAAGCUCCAGGUGCCUGGGACGAGGUCACCGCUGUUGGCACGCCGCCCCGCCUCCCCCCACAUCUCCAUUGCGGGCCGGUGGCCCCGUCAGCCCAGGUGGAAACUCCGGCCUGCAGUUGUGGCCUGGCAAGGAGCGCCACGAAAUCUCGCGCCGUCUCGCGAGAGUCUAAGUUGAAGGAACAUGGCGACGUCUAAUCUGUUAAAGAAUAAAGGUUCUCUUCAGUUUGAAGACAAAUGGGACUUCAUGCGUCCAAUUGUUUUGAAGCUUUUACGCCAGGAAUCUGUUACAAAACAGCAGUGGUUUGAUCUGUUUUCGGAUGUACAUGCAGUCUGUCUCUGGGAUGAUAAAGGCCCAGCAAAAAUUCAUCAGGCUUUAAAAGAAGAUAUUCUUGAGUUUAUUAAGCAAGCACAGGCACGAGUACUGAGCCAUCAAGAUGAUACAGCUUUGCUAAAAGCUUAUAUUGUUGAAUGGCGAAAAUUCUUUACACAGUGUGAUAUUUUACCGAAGCCUUUCUGUCAACUAGAGAUUACUUUAAUGGGUAAACAGGGCAGCAAUAAAAAAUCAAAUGUAGAAGACAGUAUUGUUCGAAAGCUUAUGCUUGAUACAUGGAAUGAGUCAAUCUUUUCAAAUAUAAAAAACAGACUUCAAGAUAGUGCAAUGAAGCUGGUACAUGCUGAAAGAUUAGGAGAAGCUUUUGAUUCUCAGCUUGUCAUUGGAGUAAGAGAAUCCUAUGUUAACCUUUGUUCUAAUCCAGAGGAUAAGCUUCAAAUUUAUAGGGACAAUUUUGAGAAGGCAUACUUGGAUUCAACAGAGAGAUUUUAUAGAACACAGGCACCCUCGUAUUUACAACAAAAUGGUGUACAGAAUUAUAUGAAAUAUGCAGAUGCUAAAUUAAAAGAAGAAGAAAAACGAGCCCUACGUUAUUUAGAAACAAGGCGAGAAUGUAACUCUGUUGAAGCACUCAUGGAAUGCUGUGUAAAUGCCCUGGUGACAUCCUUUAAAGAGACUAUCUUAGCAGAGUGCCAAGGCAUGAUCAAGCGAAAUGAAACUGAAAAAUUACAUUUGAUGUUUUCAUUAAUGGACAAAGUUCCUAAUGGGAUAGAGCCAAUGUUGAAAGACUUGGAGGAACAUAUCAUCAGUGCAGGCCUGGCAGAUAUGGUAGCAGCUGCUGAAACUAUUACUACUGACUCUGAGAAAUACGUUGAGCAGUUACUUACACUGUUUAAUAGAUUUAGUAGACUUGUCAAAGAAGCUUUUCAAGAUGAUCCACGAUUUCUUACUGCAAGAGACAAGGCAUAUAAAGCAGUUGUUAAUGAUGCUACCAUAUUUAAACUUGAAUUACCUUUGAAGCAGAAAGGGGUGGGAUUAAAAACUCAGCCUGAAUCAAAGUGCCCUGAGCUGCUUGCCAAUUACUGUGACAUGUUGCUAAGAAAAACGCCAUUAAGCAAAAAACUAACCUCUGAAGAGAUUGAAGCAAAGCUUAAAGAAGUGCUCUUGGUACUUAAAUAUGUACAAAACAAAGACGUUUUUAUGAGAUAUCACAAAGCUCAUUUGACACGACGUCUUAUAUUAGACAUCUCUGCUGAUAGUGAAAUUGAAGAGAAUAUGGUAGAGUGGCUAAGAGAAGUUGGUAUGCCAGCAGAUUAUGUAAACAAGCUUGCUAGAAUGUUUCAGGACAUUAAAGUAUCUGAAGAUUUGAACCAAGCUUUUAAGGAAAUGCACAAAAAUAAUAAAUUGGCUUUACCAGCUGAUUCAGUUAAUAUAAAAAUUCUGAAUGCUGGUGCCUGGUCAAGAAGCUCUGAAAAAGUCUUUGUCUCACUUCCUACUGAACUGGAGGAUUUGAUACCCGAAGUAGAAGAAUUCUACAAAAAAAACCAUAGUGGUAGAAAAUUACAUUGGCAUCAUCUCAUGUCAAAUGGAAUUAUAACGUUUAAGAAUGAAGUAGGUCAAUAUGAUUUGGAGGUAACAACAUUUCAGCUGGCUGUAUUGUUUGCGUGGAACCAAAGACCCAGAGAGAAAAUCAGCUUUGAAAAUCUAAAACUUGCAACUGAACUCCCUGAUGCUGAGCUUAGAAGGACUUUAUGGUCUUUAGUAGCUUUCCCAAAGCUCAAACGGCAAGUAUUAUUGUAUGAACCUCAAGUCAACUCACCCAAAGACUUUACAGAAGGUACCCUCUUCUCAGUGAACCAGGAGUUCAGUUUAAUAAAAAAUGCAAAAGUUCAGAAAAGGGGUAAAAUCAACUUGAUUGGCCGCUUGCAGCUCACUACAGAAAGGAUGAGGGAAGAAGAGAAUGAAGGAAUAGUUCAACUAAGAAUACUGAGAACCCAGGAAGCUAUCAUACAAAUAAUGAAGAUGAGAAAGAAAAUUAGUAAUGCUCAGCUGCAGACUGAAUUAGUAGAAAUUUUGAAAAACAUGUUCUUGCCACAAAAGAAAAUGAUAAAAGAGCAAAUAGAAUGGCUAAUAGAGCACAAAUACAUCAGAAGAGAUGAAUCUGAUAUCAACACUUUCAUAUAUAUGGCAUAAUUUUGAAUAUCAUGGACAGUAUUAAGAACCAAAAUUUUGGAGUGCUUGGGCAGAAAGUUCUUGCAGUUUGUGCUAGAGGAAGGUUUAUUUGGACUUUGAUUACAUAAAUAUUAAAAUCUCUGCCUUACCUAACAAAACAACUAUAUUUUGCCAAUCACAUUAGUUAGCAUGGUGGCAUUCCCUUCAUGUUGCACACUCUGUUUUAACAGCAUGCCGUUUUGUGGAGAAACUUGCAUUCAUGAAGAGCCCAUUAUGAACUUUUAAAAAUCUGAUUUAUACCCACCGGAAGAAAUACAGUUGGGAAGGGUGAAAGUGGGGUUCUUGUUGCUUUUUUUUUUUCUUUUUCUUUUUUUCCUCUCUUACAAAAAUGUACUUGCACAAGGAAGGAUCUUCAGAUGUUUGUGUGCUGAAAAAUGCUGUUACGUUUUGUUUUAAAAAAUGCAAUUAAAACUAGAAAUAGCACUCUUGGUUUCUUUUGAUCAAAAGAGUGAGCUGGUCUACACAACAUUGGGACAGGGCAGAUAUAGGUGAAAAGAUAAGUUUAUAAUAGUAUCAAAUUAUAUGUUCAAACACUGCUUCAGUAUAGCAACUGGAUUUUAGUGGUGACUUAAAAAUGGUAUUAAAUUUUUCCAACUAAAAAAUGUUGGCUUUCUUUAAGCAGGAGACUACUGUCUUAGUUGUUUAUUGUUAAAUGAUGAGGAGUUUUUAAAAUCUUACAUGGCUAAGAGAGCUUGUUUUGAAAAAGUGAAGCUCAUAUUAAUUAUUAUUUUAAUUGUUUAAAAAAAUGUAUGGAGAUAGGUUGGUCGAUUGCAGAGUCAAAACAGCAAAACAAGCAUAUUAAGUGUUUACCAAGAACUUAAUAUUUAUAUACUUAAUAUUUAUUAUGCCAUAUUCAAAUUUAUUAAAAACAAGACAGAAAUCUCCUGCUUUAAUAUAAUACAGUUAUGUAACUGACCUCUUAAUCUGUAGCAUAGAAAUAUUUUGAAAUUUUAAAGUCUCAUGAUUAGGGAUUUAUAACCUCAGGUUUCUGGAAAGGAAGACAUUCUGUUUUAAAAAGUAAUAAUUAAGUAUCAGUCACCUAGGAGGAAGAGAAAAACCACAACAUAGACCUGAAAAGCAUAAGCAAAAUUGUUGCAAUCUUAAUAUGAGCAGUAAACUUGCCAAAUAUAUGUACAUAUAUAUUUAUAUAUUUUAAAAAUAAACAUUUAAAAAAUGUUCAGAAGGCAACACUUAUCUUGUUCCUUUUAGUCAAUCCAAAAUAGCAACUUACUAGUUGCUGGCAACUGAAUACCCAGAGUAAUGGAGAUUUUAGGACUUGAGGACAUGAACAACUUAAAAGAGAAAAACGUACUCCCCAUUGGGAAAGAAUGGCUCAACAUGGAUUUUAUUCAUUGUGGUGCACAUUUCAAAUUUUCUUGCGAAUUAUUAUAUAUUUUAUUUGAUGUUAAGUAAUAUUUUAAAUUAUUUUGAUGAUAGUAGGAAAUGGAGUGCCAGAGUGUUGAAAGGCAUACAGUAUUAUUACAGAGUGCUUUCAAGAGCAUUUCAUGGAAUCUGUCCCCAAUCCCAAGAGACUUUGUGAGCUGCCUACUGAAAGAAAGGACAGCAAAUUUAAAACAUUUAAGGUUUUGCUGGCUAUAGUCAAAGGCCUAUUCUGAAACUCAUAAGAAAUUGGAAUUUUGUUUCUAAUUUAAAAUCUUACAUUUGAGCUCUAAGGUAGCAUAUGUCAGUUAUUAGACCAAGUAUAUUGUGAAGAUUAAACUAAAUUAGCGCUCACUGUUUACUCUAAUUAGAUGACUGUUAACAAUGGAUAACUUCAAAAUUUUUAAAAACUGAUAAUUUGGUAAUAAUUGUGGUCCUUAUGUUUAACAAGUAGUUUGGUAUUGGCAUAUUUGCUUAUCCGAUACAGGAGCGCCAAAGGAGGAAGCAAUGGAAAGAAAAAUUACAGGCCAUUUCUUAAAGUUUAAGAUUUGUUGUUGUUUUAAACCAGAAUAGUUCUCAGAACUUUUUUUUGGAAUUUCUAAUCCUUUUUUAGUCAUUUAAGAAUGAGAGCCACGAUGUUUUGAUUUAUAAAGGCAAAUUUAAUGCAAAAGUGGGUAACUCUAAAUCCAUAGCAGAGUUUUCUAUUAAAUUUUAUAAAUUUUUAAAUUGAUAAUUAUGUCCUAAUUGUACUUUGGGGAAUAGAACAGCAACAAAUACUGUAGACUUACAGUUUUCAUCAUUUUGUUCAUUAUGUAUACAAAAGUUUAUCUGACUACUUUUUGGUGUUUAUAAAAACCAUUUAGUUGACAAGGUGCCUAUACCAUUGUUGAAUUUUCUUUAAAUAUAUUUUGACAACAGAUUUGCUAAUUAAAAAAAGGAUCUGGAAAAGAAACUACCAGCAAUUUGCUCAAGAUACAGAAUCACAGUUAGUAUCCUUUAUUACUAAGUCCCUUUUCUCUAAUGUGCACUUAAAAUUAGUGCUAUCUGAGCAGGGAUGAACUCUGACAUAGUUAAGGGGAAAAAUAUAUACAUAUAUAUGCAUAUAUUUUUUUCAUGAGCAGUAUGGCAAUAGGACACUUCAGAGGUUAAGAUUUGAACAUUCAUUUUCUAAUGUAAAGGUGGAGCCAUCUUGAAAAUGUUAACCUUUAUUGCCAUCUCAUUGCCAGAGUAAGUAGAUAUGAAACAAAACAUACAAAGUGAAAAUACAGAACAACUUUAAUGCUUACAAUGAGUUAAAUAUUUAGAGUAUUACUGUUCUAAUGAUUUAAUGAGUAUCUUGAAAUAAAUUCUGAAGUCUUCCAAUUUUUACAUUUAUUGGAGGGGUCCCUGCAUUCUGGCAAACUUUAUUUAAGUCUCUUUCUCUUAUUUUGUGCAUAAAUGUUAAAAUUUCCAAAAAUGAAAUGUUAGCUUUCUUAUUUUUACCUUUUAUUAAAUUUAAUACAAACUAUGACUGGAGUAGUUUAAAAGUAUUUUGUAUUAUUUGCAGUAGGAUGUCAUUGGCCCUGCUCAAAGGGCAAAUUUUAAAAAUUCAAUUUGGGUGAAAGUUUUGCUAGUUUUCCAGAAAGAUUUGCUAUCUUAAACUCAAGCUUGUUUUUUCUAUUUUCAUGUAAAUGACUGGGAUGCUAUCUUACAAACUCUUCCAAUGUCAUGUUUGUGAAAUAAACAUUACAAUGAGAGCUUUCCUGUCAUCUACACUAUAUAUGUUGUCUGGAGUGUUGAACAAAUUUGAGUUCCUAAGUUGUAAUCUAUCCUCGUAUAUACAAUUUUGAAUGUGUGCCACUACAUACUGAGAUGAUAAUGCUGUACAAUUUUAAAUGGUAGCAGUUUCUGUAUGCAGUAGGCUGAAAUAUUUUGAUGAACUGCUUAAUUUUUGGAUUUUAUUUUUUA